AUCAUGCUCUGAGCUCAUCAGGACUGAGACUAACAGUGAAAAUAAAUGGGUUCAGUCUGGAAGAUUCUCUCUGUAUGAUAACACAACAGCAGCAGUUUUCACUGUGACCAUCAGAAAUCUGAGAGAACAGGAUUCUGGGACUUAUCAGUGUGGAGUUGAUACAUAUGGAACUGAUCCCAGCACUGAAGUGAAUCUGAAGGUUAUAAAAGGUACACAAAUCGGAACAGUGGCAGGAUAUUCAGGAGGAAGCCUUAUUAUAAACUACAGAUAUGAAAUGCACGACAGGAACCAUCAGAAAUAUGUCUGUGAAAUUGGAGAAUAUCAUUGUUUAUCUCUAAUAAGCAUUAAUGGAGCAGCAGAAUGGAAACACAGCAGCCGAUUCUCCAUUCAUGAUGACAGAUCUGCAGGUCUCUUACGUGUGUUUAUCAGAGAGCUGAAUGUCCAGGAUUCUGGAGAAUAUAGGAUUAUAGAGAGAGUUUCUGAAGACUACAGCUUGUUCUCUGAGUUUGAGCUGGUCAUCACAGACGCUGCUUGCUGUCAGAAGAGCAUCAGUCUAUCAGCUGCUGCAGGAGGAUCUGUCAACAUCAGCUGCAGAUACCCACAAUCCCACACUGCUGAUGUCAAGUUCAUCUGCAGGAGAUCUGGAGCUGAUCUCUGUGCUGAAGAGACGCGGUCUGAGGAGGAGAGCGGAGGAAGAAAAGCUGAGGGAAAGAUCCGGCUGUAUGAUGACAGAGUAGAGCAGCUCCUGACAGCAACCAUCAGUCAUGAGAGUCCAGAACAUUCAGCUGAAUACUGGUGUGGAGUUCAGUCUGCAGGACACAAGAGCUUCAUCACACGAGUGAUCAUCAGCUUCACUGUCAUUACAGACUCAGAUGUCCUGAAUACUCUAUAUUCAUCAUCAACAUCAUAUCCAUCAUCAACAUCAUAUCAAUCCUCUUCAGAGAACCCUCAGAUGAGCACAGGAACCAUAAACCCUUCAGAGUUUGUCACGCCGACGUCAGCUGAAACAACAAUAACAGCAGGAUUCUCUAGGAUCUUCAUGUCUGAGGUUUUGCCUUUUUGUCCGUUUUGCCUCCUAGUGCUGUUGGCUUAA